UUUAAACCACAACAAUUUAUCAAUUGUUUUCUUAUGCCGCACAAGAAUCAAGAAAGUAAUUGAGAAGUCAGUGCGUCCAUUGUUCUCCCCAUUAGCGCGGGACGCCGUUGUGGUUCACAGUCCUCCCAUACAAUACGAAACAUGAUCGAUUCUUAGACGACAGAUCGAGCGAAUGGAUGUCCUUGAAAUCGAGAAAGACGACGAUGACGGGCCUCCUCCUGGAUGGGAACCCAUCACUUCGCCGCUUCCGCCACCACCGCCGCCGCCGCCGCCGCCACUUUCUUGUUCGCGCCCAUCUCGGAUUCAUGAGACCCUGGACGAAGUUUGACGACGCAUUGCAAUUUUUUUUUUUAAUACAAAUGCAAAUUUUUGCCCAUUGUUAAAAUUUCAUGAUCUUAUGAUUUUUCUUGAAUGUGAAAUCACGUUCAAGGUCUCAUCCAUUCGUGAUGGAUGAAAACCCUCAAUUGCAAAUGUUAUUUAACGUUGCUGAUAUGGCACAAAUGGUCUGUGGUACCUGCCGUCGCCUGCUUAAAUAUUUAAAGGGAGCCAUAUAUGUUCAAUGCUCUUGCUGUUCAACAGUUAACUUUGUGUUAGAAGCUCAUGAGGUUGGACAAGUUAAAUGCGGUUCUUGUGCAGUGUUGCUUAUGUACCCAUAUGGAGCAUCAUCGGUUAGGUGUUCCUCGUGUACCAGUGUAACAGAAAUUGGGGUGCAUAAUAGACGCCCACCGUGGUCUGUCCAGCAGGGGCAAGCAGCCCUUCCUACCAACUUUGUCCAGUAGAAUUUGUUCAUUUACUUGUGUUUAGGAAAGAUGUGACAUUCUCUGAAUUUUUCUUUUCCUUUGAUCGUUAAUCAGCAGGCAGAGAAGGAAAUCAAUAUUAUCAUUCAUUACUGGCAUUUUUGUUUCCUUAUUAUUAAUUAUUGAGUUUAUGUAAAGAAACUUAGGAACUGACCUUCCCAACUUCUAACAUUUUUUUAUCUCAAGUUUUUUUUUUACU